AUGAGUAACGUCCAAAAACAGGAUUUGGUACUUUUUAGCGAUAGUUCGGUGAUAUCGAAGGAGCUAUGCACGGGGAAGAGCCAUGAUCUUAUAACAAUCACUUCGAGCCCAGCUACCUCGUCAUUUUGGUUGCUAACCACAUUAGUUGAAACCAGACUUACAGGAGCUCCAUUUUCGCUCAACAGUACAUCGGUUCCAGUUGUUACGCACAAAAAUAUGAAUCUAAUAACCAUAGCAUCAUUCAUUCAUAAUGCCCAAUAUUACACAGACGCCUUGAAUAGGCUUAAGCUAGGGCCGGAAUCAUACAAAUAUAUUGACCUCCUGACAAACUUUGUAAUAAAGAACAUCGGUAAGCCUAGGGCCAAAGUCUUGUCCGAAUUGCUAGAGAAAUUCCCACAAGAUUCAACAUCCGUCGUAAUACUGGAGCAGCCUGAGGUUCUUUUGACACUACUAGAUGGGCUAACGAGUGAUGAGCUACACAGAAAAUUCAUCAUGCCCCUAAUGCAAAGGUGCGGACUACUAAUCAUAUCGACUAACAUAAACUACAGCCCGAAUGGUCAGACUAAAGAUGCCAUUGAAUUUUCAAGGUUUGUAGCGGGAUGUUUUUACAAAUCAAUUGCUGUGUUAUCUUUGAAACCUCUCGAUACUGGUAGAGCCGCUGACGUGACCGGUUCAUUCAGAAUUACCCGAGGUGGUGCAUCAAACUCUCACCUGUCGUGCCACGUAGUUGAAAAUGAAUACCUUUAUUUGAACCAGAAAGAGAAUACAAAACUGUUUUAUAGAUGA